AUGGGUCGUCGAGUCGUCUCCGGCGGCUGUCACCCGGUAGAGCGGAAAAACAGCGACUUUGCGGCUCUCCGGCGGCUGCCACCCGACGGAGAGGAGUUGGAUGGAGGUGGGGCGCAUGUCAAGGAGCUUCAUCCUCAGGUCCACACAGCAAGAGGAGGCUCUUCAUCGCAUCUGGUAUGCUCUCAGGAGGUGGCGACUCGUCUCCCGGCGGAUCAUCCUCUUCCCGACGACAGCUUGUUCGUCGAUCAAUCGGAGAUGAUUUACUCGAUGGAUUCGCGAUCCUUUUAUCGUGAAUCGUUCAACAAUUUUAGUAGCAAUGCUCUGCGAAUCGCGUUGACAAGAUUUUCGCCGAUGAUCUAGCGAUUCUCGUUGCUUAAUCCUUCACCAGCGAUCUGCAGGAAAGUCACGAUAAUCAGAUAAAAAUAUAUGAAUUUUGACUCUGGGAGGAUUCGAACCCGCGUCGGUUGUUCGCCCCUUCUCUCACGUUUAGUCCCACAUCAGUUGUGCGCCGAUUUUUCGGGCGAAUAUAUAGUAAUGUUAGCUUUCUAAGCAAAGUUCCUUCUCUCGCGUGUACGACCACUCCUUGCCCCACAGCCGGCUGGCCACCGGUGACGUGGAAGGGGAGUGGCGCACACGUGCCCCUAUCGGUCCAAGCCACUCGAGCCCCUACUCGCGGCUACUCCCCGACUGAGCUUCCGACCCGCUUGCAGGCCCGGCUGGCCGGCGGGUCCCCCCCAUUUUGCAAUAUUUUAGUUUUAUUUCUUUUUCUUCAUUUAUCUCAAAAGUAAGACUGUAAAAAUCAUAUAAAUUCGUAUAAAAUCACAUAAUUACCCAAAAAAUCACAUUAAUCAACUGAAAACCACUUUUCACACUUUAACACAAAUAUAAGUCUAUUUAUCAUGAGUUAAGGCUAAAACUAUAUUAUUUACUAAUUAUUAACUCAUGAUAAUGAAGACUUAUCAAUCAUAUAUGGUACACUCUCACAAGGUGAUGACUCAUCUCCUAGUAAAUUGAUCUCUUCUAGACGAUGACUUAUUUGUCGAUCAAUUAGAGAUAAUUUACUCGAUAAAUUUGUGAUCUUUUUACUCAUAAUCAUUAAGUAAUUUAGUAACAAUAUUCCACAAAUCUCGUUGACGAAAUUUUUGUCGAAGAUUGAGUGAUUCUAGGGGCUUAAUCCUUCACUAGUAAUUUGUAAGAAAGGUACAAUUUAAUCACAUAAAAAUAUGAGUUUUGACUCUAGUAAGAUUCGAACCCUCGACGAUUGUCCAUCUACAUGAAAGAGAGUGAAAUAAGUAUGUGAAUAUCCUUAUAAAGUGACAUCAUAAAGGUAUCUCCUUCUAAUAAAUAAGGUGUAUUUUAGGUAUUAAAAAUAUUAAAACCUUUGGAGAAGUUGUGACCAUUGGUUUAAUCCCACAUCGAUUAUAUGUCAAAUUUUGAGUCAGAUGUAUAAUAAUGCAAGAUUUGAUAAUCAAUGAGGCCUUUUCUCAUGUAUAUAAUCACUCUUUGCCCCAUGCCCGGCUAGCAACUAAUGAUGUGGAAUGGGAGUGAUGCACACGUCUCCUAUUGGUCUGUCCUCAACUACUUGAGCCCUUGCUCAUGGCUUUGCUCGAUUGUGCUUCUAACCCGCUUGUGGGCUUGAUUGGUUGGCAAGUUCCCCUUUUUUAUCUUUUUAUUUUACUUUAUUUAUCUCAAAAAUAGGAUUAUGAAAAUUAUAUAAAAUUGUAUAAAAUUACAUAAUUAACCAAAAAUUCAUAUUAACUAAUUAAAAAUUAAUUUUUCUAAUUUAACAUAAAUAUAAGUCUAUUUAUCAUGAGUUAAUACUAAAAAUCUAUUAUUAAUUAAUUAUUAACUCAUGAUAGCGAAGAUUUAUCACACCUCCCAACUUAAAUCUUGUUAGUCUCUUAGUAAUGAAAUUAUAAAAAUUAAUAAAAAUUCACAAAUUUUAAACAUCAUAUUUUAAUACAUAAAAAUACAAUUAGAAAUGACGCACUACCAGACACUUUAGACUCUUAUACCAAGUAUUUAAGAAUUAUGUCAAACACUCCUUGGAAUAACAAUCUAGACUUCAUUUCUUAUAUUCAAAUCUUUGUCACUUCUUCACUCAUAGAUAUAAUUCACAAGAUGUUUCAAUUAUCAAUAUUCAUCUAAUAAUAAUAUUGAUCUUAUUUUUAUUUUUUCUUUCCAUGACUUGAUUUUUGAAGUUUGCACUAUAUUUCUUCUAUUUUUUUCUAUAGUGGAUAAGUAGGUUUUCAUGUAGAUAAAUUUUGAAAAUAAAAAUGAUGUCUCACACCCUUUAUGUGUACUCUUCAUUUUCAAGGCUUUUAUAUUACCUACUCAUUUUACAAUAAGUGUUUUUCUAUAGACAAAUUUCAAUAAUGAGAAUGAUGUCUCACACCCUAUAUGUAUAUUUUAAGAUUUUUCGCAUUGUUUUUUUUAAAAAGAUUCCAAAAUAAGUGAUUUCUCCUCACAAUUCUUAUAAAUUAGGGUAUAAAAAAUUCUAUUAAACUCAAAUGAUCAAUCAAAUUUUCACAUCAGGUAAAUACUAUCUAUUAAGAUCAUGAAGUCAAAAUCUGUAAAAUCAAAUCCAUGUUAUCUACUAUGUGUCUAAGGAGUAUUUCAACAUUUUAUGCUACUAAAUUAUUAUUUUAACUCAAUAAUAAUUAUCAUAAUAUAUUUUAAUUUCAAUCAAUCUAAUUGAUUUAAUUUUUUGUGCAUACAAUAUGAUGUAAGAAAUUUAUAAAUUAGAUAGUUCUAACAAUUUUGUUAUUUGUCUUUAGUUCUAUUUUCAGUAACAGUGAAUUUGUCAAAAAUAAAUUAAAACAAUCAUCUUUAUAGCUCUAAUUUCUAAUUUCAGAAAUAUAUGUCUAGGGGAUUGAAAUGUGAGAAAAAGGUCUCUAGAAUUUCAAAUUCAGACUACUUUUUUUUGUUAUUUUUGACAGUCUAUAAAUUAUUCUCUAUUGUUCUUGACAGAAAAUCAAAAAACAAAUGCUAUAGUUUUUCUAAAAAAAAUUAAUUACUUUUAUAGGUGAGCAAAAAAAAAUGCAAUCACAUGUUCUUAAUCAUCCUACAACAUAAAUUAAGACUUAAUGCUUCACUCCCAAACUUAAAAAUGACAUUGUCAUCAAUAACAUAGAAAAAUCAGAAUAGAAUAUGCAUAAAAUAUAAUUUUUAAGAGAAACAUGCAUAUAUGUAAAGUUAAGUAGUAAAAUUAUUGUCAUAAAGGAUAAAGUUCAGAAACACAUCACCUCAACCUCAUUUUUAAUUUUUCACUUCAUAUUAUACUCUUCCUCUUACAAUUUAUUUUUGAAAAUAAUAAAUACUAUAAAAUUCUAAGAAAAAUAAAAUUUUUAAAAAUAGAAUAAAAAAAAACUAUGGGUUGCCUCUCAUGUAGUGCUUAAUGUAAUGUCUUCAACUAGACACAUUAAUCUUACUAUUGAAUUUCUUUUAAUAAUAAAAUUUCUUUUUCUACAAGGCAUUCAUAUUCUAUGUAAUGCUUAAGCUGCUAUCCAUUUACCUUAAAAUUCUGAUCACUUUUAGGAUCUUUAAUUAUUACAUCCUCAUGAUUAUGUCUCUUCCACCACAUAAGGUCCUAUCCAUUUUUAUUUUUAUUUUAUUGUGAAUAAUUUCAGCCUAGAAUCAUAUAACCAUACUUUUUAUCCUCAUAUUCUAGUUUAUCAUGAAAGGUUUUAGUUUUUUCUUUAUAUAUUCUAUCAUUUCAUAAGUUUCAUUCCUCAACUCCUCUAAUUCAAGUAGCUGAAAAAUUUUAUGUUGACUAAUUAAUUUUUAAUCCCUACAAAAAAAAAUUAUAACCCAUAAUACUUUAUGAUCUAUUUCUAUACGAAGAUGACAUGGUGAUGUGACUUUUAGUCAUUGUAUAAUAAAUCACAAAAAUUUAAAAUUUGUCAAAUUAGAAAAUACUAAUUUUUGGAUAUUUAUAAGUAUUUCUGAACAAAUAUAUUGAUUAUAAUUUAAUAAAAGGUUCAAAAAUAGUGAUAAAUUUUCAAAUUGAUCACAAGAAUGUAAUAUAAUGUCAAGAAUAUUUUAGAAUUUUCUACAAAGGAUACGAUUUUUUAUAAAUUUUAAAUUAAGAAAUAAAAAUAAAAUAUAGAUAAAAUGUACGAAAAAAGAAAAUAAAGGUGCAGACAUCAUGAUGAUGUCACUACCCAAUGAAUGGGAAUCAGAAAAAAAUAAAGUUUUACCUAAUAAUCCUUACAUAAGUUAUUAUAGACAAUUUAAUGGGUUAAAUUAAGAUUUGUAAAAUCUAAAAGAAUCAUAAUUAAAUCAAAAACAUUUUAGUAACUUAAAAUCAUGUAAAUUAUCAUUAAAUUAAAUCAAAGUAAGUUGAAAGUAGAAAAAAUAGAGUUUCGACCUUGUGACAAUAAUUGCCAAAAUUCUGUACUUAAGAGAAUCAUCGAACAAUGUCUAUGACCUCAAAGGCCCUCUUUAGACAUGGAUGACUUGGGCAUUCGUUAGAUCUCUUUUCAAAGUCAAAAAAAUGAUGGUGAAAGUUGAACUAGUGAAAAAUAAUAAAACAUAGUUUCGACGUCAUAGUGUUGAUGCGUCGGCGAUGUGUCAAAAUUAUGAGCAUUUGAGAGGAUUAUUGUGCAAUGUCUACAACCUAAAAGACUUUCUUUAGAUAAGGACGACUUAAAAAAUCUCUUGAUCUUUUUGUGAAGUCAAGAAAUCAAUGAAAUAGAUCAUCAAGUCGUCUUUGACAAUUGUCACCCAACAGAGCAAAAAAACAACAACUUUACAACUCCUCGGCGGCUAUCACCCAACAUAGAUGAGUUAGAUGAAGGUGAGGCUCAUGUUAAGGAGCUUCAUUCUCAAGUCUGCACAAUAAGAAGAAGCUCUUCAUCACAUUUGGUACUCUCUCAAGAGGUGGUGACUCAUCUCCUAGUAGAUCAUCCUCUUCCCGAUGAUGACUUAUUCGUCGAUCAAUCAAAAAUGAUUUACUAGAUGAAUUCGUGAUCCUUUAUCACAAAUCAUUCAGUAAUUUUUAUAACAAUACUCCAUGAAUCACGUUGACGAGAUUUUUGUCAAUGAUUGAGUGAUUCUAGUGGCUUAAUCCUUCAUCGGUAAUAUGUAGAAAAAUUAUUAUUUAAUCAAAUAAAAAUGAGUUUUGUCUCUAGUAGGAUUCAAACCUUCGUUAGUCUCUCGCCUGCAUGAGAGAAAAUGAAAUAAGUACAUAGAUAUUUUUAUAAAGUGACAUCACUAGGGUACCUCCUUCUAAUAAACAAGAGAUAUUUAAGGUACAAAAAUCAUUAAAACAUUUUAAGGAAGUUGUGAUCGAUUUAGUCUCAUAUUGGUUAUGUGCCAAAUUUUGAGACUAAUAUGUAGUAAUAUCAGAUUUUGAAAGUAAUGAGUCCCUUUCUUGUAUGUGUACAACCACUCUUUGUCCCACACUAAGUUGACCACUAGUGGCGUGUAAGGAGAGUGAUGCACACAUGUCUCUUAUCAGUCCAUCCUCAACCAAUCUAGCCCCUACUCGUGGCUUCGCUCGACUAUGCUUCCGACCCACUUGCAGACCUAGUUGGCCAGCAGGUUCUUCUCUUUUUCUAUCCUUUUAAUUUAUUUUAUUUUAUUUUAUUUUUAUUUACUUAUCUUAAAAUAUAAUUAUAAAAAUUAUAAAAAAUCAUAUAAAAUCACAUAAUUAGCCAAAAAAUCACAUUAACUAACUAAAAACUAAUUUUCUCAAUUUAACAUAAAUAUAAGUCUAUUUAUCAUGAGUUAAUACCAAAAAUAUAUUAUUAAUUAAUUAUUAACUCAUAAUGAUGAAGACUUAUCACAUGAUUUUCUAAAAAUAAGACUAAAUAGGGACAUACCUAUGAGAUUUUUAUAAGUUAUUCUAUAAUCCCAUAACGUAUCUUAUAACUUUGUGGAUCAAUCUUUCUUAUAUGGUCUAAUUAUUUUUCCUAAAAUUCUCUAGAUUUGUCUAUUUGCUACUUCAGCUUACUUAUUUAUUUGGGGUUGAUAUGGAGUGGCCACUAAUGUGACUUAGUUGUUAUAUAGUAAAUCAUGUAAAUUAAAAAAUUCUAAAACUAGAAAAUACUAAUUUUCAGAUAUUUAGAAGUAUUUAUGAACAAAGAUAUCAAUUAUAAUUUAAUAAAACUUUCAAAAAUAGUGAUAAUUUCUAAGUCAAUCACAAGAAUGUAAUAUAAUAUCUAGUAAGUUUUUAUAAUUUUUUGUCAAAGAAUAUGAGUUUUUAUGAAUCUUAUACUAAGAAAUGAAAAUAAAGUAUAUUUAAAAUUUAUGAAAAAGAAAAAUAUGGAUGUGAAUGUCAAGAUUAUGUUAAUGCCCGAUGAACGCGAAUUAGGCAAAAACAGAGAUCCACCUAGCAAUUCUUAUGUAAGCAAUUACAAAAAAUUUAAUUGAUCAAAUUAAGAUCUAUAAAAGUCAUAAGAAUUAUAAUUGAAUGAAGUAUAUCUUGGUAAAUUUAAAUCACAAAAUUAUCACUAAAUGAAGUAGAAUUAAGUUAAAAGUAAGAAAAUAGAGUUCCGAUGUCACGGCGGUGAUGCAUCGACAAUGCACCAAAAUCUUCAGUGUUAGAGAGGAUUGUCGUGUAGUGUCCACAGCCUCAAAGGCUCUCUUUGGACAAGGAUGAUGUGGACAGUCUCUAAAUCUCUUUGUGAAGUCUAGAGAUAAAUGAAAUGAGAUGUCGAAUCAUCUCCGGUGGCUGUCACCUAGUAAAACGGAAAAAUAGUGACUUUGUAGCUCUUCGGCAGCUCUCACCCGACGAAGAGGAGCUAGAUGGAGGUGGGGCCCGUGUCAAGAAGCUUCAUCCUCAGGUCCACGUAGUAAGAAGAGGCUCUUCAUCGCAUCCAAUAUGCUCUUAGGAGGUGAUGACUCGUCUCCUAACAGAUUGUACUCUUCCUGACGAUAGCUUAUUCAUCAAUCAAUUAGAGAUGAUUUACUCGAUGGAUUCGCGAUCCUUUUAUCACAAAUUGUUCAACAAUUUUAGUAACAAUGCUCCGCAAAUCGUGUUGACGAAAUUUUUGUCGAUGAUUUAGCGAUUCUGGUGACUUAAUCCUUCACCAACGAUCUACAGAAAAGUUGUGAUAAUCAAAUAAAAAAUACAAGUUUUGACUCAAGAAGGAUUCGAACCCAUGCUGGUUGCCUGCUUGCAUAAGAGAGAUUGAAAUUAGUACUCUAAUACCCUUAUCAAGUGACGUCAUCAUGAUAUAUCUUUAUUCUAACUAAGGGAUAAUUUAGGUAUUACAAUCUUCAAAAACAUUCCAAGGAAGGUGUGACUGCCAAUUUAAUCCCACAUUAUUUGUGCACCAAAGUUUUGGGCGAAUAUAUAGUAAUAUCCCAGUUGCAAGUAAUAAGUCUCUUUCUCUCACAUGUACAACCACUCCUUGCCGCACAAUCAGCUAGCCACCAAUGAGGUGGAAGGGGAGUGAUGCACACAUGGCCCCAUCAGUCUUUAGUCACUCGAGUCUUGCUCAUGGCUCCCUUCGACUGUGCUUCCGACCUGCUUGCAGGCUUGGCUGGCCGGGGGGCCCUCCUAUUUUACUAUAUAAAUUUAUUUAUUUAAUCUUCAUUUAUCUUAAAAAUAAGACUAAAAAUCAUAUAAAUUCAUAAAAAAUCACAUUAACACAAAUAUAAGUCUAUUUAUCAUGAGUUAACGCUAAAAAUAUAUUAUUUACUAAUUAUUAACUCAUGAUAAUGAAGACUUAUCAGCUACUCUAUGAUGUACUUUAUUCUUUUUCAAUAGUUCUCUAAAAUAUUUAUUUGUAAAAUAUAUUCUUUCAUUACUAAUAAUCACUCAAGGACAUCCAAAUCUCGAAAAAAUAUUUCCUUAUACAAAUUUUAUCAUGAUUUAUGAUCAUUAGUUUUAGCUUCCACCUAUUUAGACACAUAAUCAAUAGCAAGCAAAAAAUAUUCAUAUUUUUCAGCUAACGGAAAGGGACUGAUAAGUCUUCAUUAUCAUGAGUUAAUAAUUAGUAAAUAAUAUAGUUUUAGCCUUAACUCGUGAUAAAUAGACUUAUAUUUGUGUUAAAGUGUGAAAAGUGGUUUUCAGUUGAUUAAUGUGAUUUUUUGGGUAAUUAUGUGAUUUUAUACGAAUUUAUAUGAUUUUUAUAGUCUUACUUUUGAGAUAAAUGAAGAAAAAGAAAUAAAACUAAAAUAUUGCAAAAUGAGGGGACCCGCCGGCCAGCUGGGCCCGCAAGCGAGUCGGAAGCUCAGUCAGGGAGUAGCCGCGAGCAGGGGCUCGAGCGGCUUGGACCGAUAGGGGCACGUGUGCGCCACUCCCCUUCCACGUCACCGGUGGCCAACCGGCUGUGGGGCAAGGAGUGGUCGUACACGCGAGAGAAGGGACUUUGCUUAAAAAGCUAACAUUACUAUAUAUUCGCCUGAAAAAUCGGCGCACAACUGAUGUGGGACUAAACCCCCGUCACACCUUCCUCAGAAGGGACGGACAACCGGCGCGGGUUCGAAUCCUCUCAGAGUCAAAAUUCAUAUCUUUUUAUCUGAUUAUCACGACUUUUCUGCAGAUCGCCGGUGAAAGAUUAAGCAACCAGAAUCACUAGAUCAUCGGCGAAAAUCUCGUCAUCGCGAUUCGCGGAGCAUUGCUACUAAAAUUGCUAAACGAUUCGCGAUAAAAGGAUCGUGAAUCCAUCGAGUAAACCAUCUCCGAUUGAUCGACGAACAAGCUGUCGUCGGGAAGAGGACGAUCUGCUGGGAGACGAGUCGCCACCUCCUGAGAGCGUACCAGAUGUGAUGAAGAGUCUCCUCUUGUUGUGCGAACCUGAGGAUGAAGCUCCCUGACACGCGCCCCACCUCCAUCCAGCUCCUCUCCGUCGGGUGACAGUCGCCGGAGAGCCGCAAAGUCGCCGUUUUUCCGCUCCGCCGGGUGACAACUGCCGGAGACGACUCGGUGACCCAUUUCAUUAAUUUCUAGACUUCGCGAGAAGAUCUAGAGAUUGCCCACGUCGUCUUUGUCCAAGGAGAGCCUUCGAGGCUGUGGACACUGUACGACGAUCCUCCCGAAUGCUCAGGAUUCCGGUGCAUCACCGAUGCAUCGCCGUCACGACACCGGAACUCUAUUUUCCUGCUUUCAACUUACUUUACACUUCAUUUAGUGAUAGUUUUUGUGAUUUUAAUUUACUAAAAUAUACUUUGUUCUAUUACGAUUCUUUCGGCUUUUACAGAUCUUAAUUUGAUUAAUUAAAUCGUCUGUAAUCGCUUACGUAAGAAUCGCCACGCAGAACUCUGUUUCCGCCCGAUUCGCGUUCGCCAGGCGUCAUCCUGACGUCCGCACCCUUAUUUCCCUUUUUCGUGAAUUUUAAAUAUAUUUCCUUUUUAUUUCCUAGUAUACAAUUCAUAGAAAAUCGUAUUCAUUGAGAAAGAUUCUGAAUAAUUAUCAUAUAUUAUAUUACAUCCCUGUGAUUGACCUGGAAAAUUAUCGCUAUUUUUAGAAGUUUGAUUGAAUUAUAAUUGAUAUAUUUGUUCAGAAAUACUUCUAAAUAUCUAAAAAUUCAUAUUUUCUAGUUUUAUAAAUUUUAGAUUUGCGUGAUUUAAUAUACAACGACUGAGUCACGUCAAUAGUCGUGUAGUGUCCACGGCCUCGAAGGCUCUCUUUGGACAAAGACGAUGUGGGCAAUCUCUAGAUCUCCUUGCAAAGUCUAGAGAUCAAUAAAAUGGGUCGUCGAAUCGUCUCCGGCGGCUGUCACCUAGCGGAGCGGAAAAAUGGCGACUUUGCGGCUCUCCGGCGGCUGUCACCCCACGGAGAGGAGCUGCAUGGAGGUGGGGCGCGUGUUAGGGAGCUUCAUCCUCAGGUCCGCACAGCAAGAGGAGGCUCUUCAUCGCAUCUAG